UUGAAGUCCACGCCGCUUAAAGCGGCCUAGUUGGAAACAACACUACGGCAAGCAAACCCAAGUUCAAUUCGCAUCAGGCAAAAGCAGCAGCCGGCCAAGCGUGGCGUCACGGCGCGGGGUCUUUCUCCCCCUGCGAAAGAUGGCUGCCCCCGUUGGGCUGUGAAGGAUGCGGCUGACUCGGAAGCGGUUCUGCUCCGCGUUGUUGAUCGCCUACUUGGUCUUUUCCCUCUACGCGGCUUACAGCGUCUUUCUGAAGCCUCGCCGGCCUGCUGACGCACGGGCGGGCCAGCGGGAGAAGCAGGGGCGAGAACAUGCUGUUUUGGGAGUUGAAGAAUGGAAUCCUUGGGAAGUUGAUGAGAAGAAUUAUUUGCAGCAGAAAUCUGCAAGUAGCCUUCAGUUGCUGAAAAAGAUAUCAUUGCAACAGGAACCCACAGACUUCAGGGUACAAAUUUGGGGGAAAGCUGCUAUUGGACUUUAUUUGUGGCAGCACAUCUUUGAAGGUUUGCUUGAGCCUGCAGACAUAUCAGCUCAGUGGAGAGAAGGAAGCAUAAAAAUAGGAAAAUCACAUUUCAGUUUCAUCACAGGCCCAGCUGUAGUCCCUGGUUACUUCUCUGUAGAAUCUGAAACUGUCGUCUUAAUACUGAAUGGCAGAGAGGAAGGAAAGAUCUCCUACGCCACUCAGUGGCUACAUUAUGCACAAACGUUAGUGCAAACACACAAGCUGCAGCAUGUUGCUGUUGUGUUGCUUGGGAAUGAACAGUGCAACAAUGAAUGGAUUUAUCCUUAUUUAAAAUCCUAUGGAGGGUUUGUGGAACGAUUUUUUCUAGUUUACGACAGCCCCAUAGUGAAUGAAGAAGAUAUUUUUCAAUGGCCUCUAGGAGUAGCAACUUACAGACAUUUUCCUGUGGUUGAACCGAGUUGGUCAAUGCUCCAAAGACCAAGAUCAUAUCAGUGUAACUUCUUAGGAACUGUUUAUAAGAAUUCAACUAGAGAAAUCGUAUUGGAGGUAUUGAUGCAAAGUGGGCUUCACAAGCUCUGUUGGAUUUCAGCCAGAGAACAGUGGACUCCUCAAGAAACCAAUGAGAGUUUGAGAAUCUAUCAAGAUGCAUUGUUAGACAGCGAUCUCACGUUAUGUCCAGUGGGAGUAAAUACCGAAUGCUAUAGAAUCUAUGAGGCUUGUUCAUUUGGCUCUGUUCCUGUGGUAGAAGAUGUAAUGACACCAGGCAAUUGUGGAAAUUCAUCUGUGCACCACAGAGCACCACUGCAAUUACUAAAGUCCAUGGGAGCUCCCUUUAUCUUUAUUAAAAACUGGAAAGAGCUUCCUGCUGUUUUGGAAAAAGAGCAGAAUAUGACUCUACAACAAAAGAUUCAAAGGAGGAAAAUGCUUAUGGAAUGGUAUCAGCAAUUCAAAGCACAGAUGAGACAAAAAUUUAUUAGCACAUUAGAAAAAUCAUUCUUACCUAAGGGUAAAGGUGAUUGAUUAUGACUGUAUGAACUGAAGAAUGGUUCUUGCAACUUUUCAGUGAAAUGUCAUGCAUUUUUUUUAAAAAAAUAUUUCUUUCUCACAUUUUGUAAAUAAAACAUAAAAUCAUCCAGGAAAAAUAAAUGUGUAUCUGUAAUGUAGAAAUGCUGCAUGAAUGCUGGCUCUUCCCAACAUGUGUACAGACAGAUAAAUUUAUUUAAAAUACCCCUUUUUGUUGUGGUCUUUAAGCCCACUUGCCUGGGAGGAAGCUUAUUUAAAGGCAGAAGAUGUGCACUGUGUGAUAUGUGUAGGGUAUUUUUCAUUACCUGUACAUUAUGUAAUAAUAUUUGGAUGCUGUUUUUAAUUAUUAUUUUUCUUUUACUCCACUAAAAUAAAUUACAAAGAUUUCAGUUUGGAAAACAGAUCUCACUAAGGGAACAAUUGUUUUCAUUCUGUCAAUAAAAUUAAGGUAGUUAUGGUAAAUUAUUCAGCUGUUUUCAUGGCGGGGUAGAAAUUCACUAUCUGAAAAUGGUACAAAGAAGGAUAACAAGCUUUUAAUUAGCUUUUUAGAGGAUGGAAUAAAGGUUAAAGCAUAUU